AUGUCCACAAUCAAUCCAGAUCCGCUGGCGUUGGCCCCGCCCCUGGAUCGUCUCCAGCUUCGCCUUCUCCAGACUCUCUAUCCUCUCCCAGCGCACCCCCCACCGCCGCGCUCGUCAUCUAAGCCCAUGGCAGUACUCUGUCUAGGACUCCCACGCACAGGCACAGAGUCGCUAGCUCUGGCUCUCGAGAUCCUCGACAUCGCGCCUGUAUAUCACGGCUGGAACAACAACAACAACAACAACAACAAAGACCCCUCGAACUGCGCGACGUGGAACUCGUUCGCCAGCUUCAAGCGUGAGAAUGGUGAUGGGAAGAUGAUACCCAGAGAACACUUUGAGCAGAUAUUGAGCGGAGCAGUUGCGGUCGCCGACUUCCCUGCUACUGCGUUCUCGAAGGAUCUGGCGGAGGUGUAUCCCGAGGCCAAGAUCGUGCUGAAUUGA